GGGUAAUCUUGGGGAUCACUUUCAAUGUGACACAACCAUUGUUGUUGAGUAUAAUAUAGUUAUAUCAAUUCUCAUAGGGGCCUCUUCGCAAUUACUACCUCCUGAUACAGAUUUGAAAUUUAGCCUCCGCAUACCAUUAAUGGCGUCUUCUUCCACUUCAUUCGUCCACAAGACAUUUAAGUAUGAUGUGUUUUUGAGUUUUAGAGGCGAAGACACUCGUAGAAGUUUCGUUGAUCAUCUUUACUAUGCUCUACAACAGAACGGCAUUCACACUUACAAAGACGACGAAAGAAUCAACAAGGGCAAAAAGAUCAGUGAUGAUCUCAUCGGAUCCAUAGAAGAUUCAAAGCUCUACAUCAUUGUUUUCUCAAAAAACUAUGCCUCUUCGACUUGGUGUUUGGAUGAGCUUGUGAAGAUAAUGGAAUGUCACAAAACCAACGAGCAUACCGCCUACCCAGUCUUCUAUGAUGUGGAACCAUCAGAAGUCCGCAGACAAAGUGGGGCAGUUGAAAAAGCCUUUGCCGAUCAUGAAAAUGAAGAGGCCGCAGAGAAGUGGAGGGGUGCUCUAAAAGAAGCAGCGGAUCUGGCUGGAUGGGAGUUGAAGAACACUGCCGAUAGACAUGAAGCGAAAUUCAUCCAAAAAGUUGUUGGAGAGAUUUCACUAGAGUUACGAUCCAUCAAUUUUAGCUUUGAUGAGAAAUUGGUAGGCAUGGAGACCCGAAUCUGUGAUGUUUUAUCAUCUCUAGAUACUAGUUUGAAUGAUGUUCGCAUGAUCGGGAUCAAGGGAAUGGGAGGUGGUGGGAAGACAACUUUGGCCAGAGCUGUUUUUGAUCAAAUAUCCUUUCAAUUCGAAGGUGCAAGCUUCGUUGAGAAUGGCAUCUCUGUUAGUAGUGUUUAUGACGGAAAAAACAAGAUGAAGAGGAGGAUGCCUGGUAAAAAGGUUCUUCUUGUUCUAGAUGAUGUGGAUCAUUUAGAGCAGCUUGAGGCCUUAGCCGGUGAGACAAAUUGGUUUAAGCCAGGAAGCAGAAUUAUCAUUACAACAAGAGAUGAGCAAGUGCUCGUGGCACAUGGAGUGAAGUCGAUUCAUAACGUCGUGUUGUUAUUGGAUGAGGAAGCAAUUUGCCUCUUUAGUAAGUAUGCAUUUGGGAGAAUGAAUCCAAAUCCAGGGUAUGAAGAGCUAUCACAACAAGUUGUGCAUUAUGCUGCUGGGCUUCCGUUAACGAUCAAAGUUCUGGCUUCGUUUCUUUGUGGUAAAAAUGAGCUUGAAUGGAUAGAUGCCCUAGAAAGACUUAAAACAAUUCCGUUAAUGGAAACUCUGCAAAAGUUGGAAAUAAGCUAUAUCAGUCUAGAGGAGGAUUACAAGGAAAUAUUCCUUAAUGUUGCAUGCAUACUGAAAGGACAGUCAAAAGCCUUAGCAAUCAAAACGCUUGAAAGCUGUGGAUUUCAUGCUAGAAAUGGUUUAAGAGUUCUUGAGCAAAAAUCUCUCAUAGCUGUUAAUGCUAGAUAUGGUUUAAGAGUUCUGGGAAUGCAUGAUCAUAUUGAAGAAAUGGGCAAGAAUAUUGUUCGUCGUUCGCAUCCUGAUAAGCCUUAUAAACAUAGUCGAUUGUGGAUUGGCAAGGAACUUGAAGAUGUAUUGACUAAUGACUUGGGUACUAAAGCAACAAGAUAUAUAUUGUUCAACGGGUGUAAACUCAGUCCGGAAAUUGUGAUGAAAGGUCUUAGAAAGAUGAAGGAACUUAGAUUUCUUGGUGUGUCAACGCCAUUUAUUGAUGCAAAUACAAGUGAUUGUUCUCAUCAAAAAUGGAAGUUUGAUAAAUUGAACGCUUUAAGAUAUAUGCGUUGGAGCUAUUACCCUUUUAGGUAUUUACCCAAAACAUUUCAAGGAGAAAAUCUUGUUGCACUUCAGAUUACUCACAGCAGAAUGGUACAACUUUGGGAAGGAGAAGAAAGAAAGGUUCUUCACAAGCUCAGAUUCCUUGAGGUAAGGGAUUCAAUGUUAAGGACCCUUGAUCUUGGGCUUACUCCAAAUAUCGAGACACUGAAUCUUACAGGAUGCAAUGAGUUGGUUGAAGUUCACAUGCAUACUGAAUGUGUAAAGCUCAUAAGCAUUGAACUCAGUUGUUCGAUGUUGAGGACCCUUGUCCUUGGGUCAGCUCCCAAUCUCGAGUGGUUAUACCUUGACGAUUGUUCGGAUUUGAUAGAACUUCAAAUGCCUGGUAGAGCUCCAAAUCUGAGAUACCUCCAACUAUGGGAUUCAAAGUUGAGGACCCUUGACAUUGGGCUGACUCCGAAUCUUGAGUUUUUAGAUCUUAGAAAUUGUCAUGAUUUGGAGAAACUUUACAUGGCUGAUGAAUGUCAAAAGCUCAAAUCGCUUUACAUUAAUUGUUCAAGCUUGAGGAACUUUGACCUCAGGAUGACUCCUAAUCUUGAGAUGUUAGAUCUUAAAAAUUGUUCUGAUUUGGAAGAACUUCACAUGGCCAAUGGAUUUCAAAAGCUCACAUCCCUCAAAAUUAGUGGUUCAAAGUUUAGGAACCUUGACCUCAGGCUUACUCCAAAUCUCAAGAUGUUAGAUCUUAAAAAUUGUUCUGAUUUGGAAGAACUUCACAUGGCCAAUGGAUUUCAAAAGCUCACAUCCCUCAAAAUUAGUGGUUCAAAGUUUAGGAACCUUGACCUCAGGCUUACUCCAAAUCUCAAGACGAUAGAUCUUAAAAACUGUUCCAAUCUUCUAGAACUUCAUGUGGCCGAUGAAUGUCUCAAAAAGCUUGUCUACUUAGACUUAAGUGGUUGUUUGAGGUUUAAAUCUUUUAAGUUUGAAAUAAAGAAUGAUGGUUCUUGUAGAAAGGAUUAUUCUUUUUGUAGCCAUGAUGAACCACUUAAGGUUGUUCCUUUAGCUAAUUUGUAUAUGAUUGCGGAGUCCCUAGAUGAAUGCCCAGUUCACCCCGAAAAUAAAUUUCCAAAGUUUCAGUUUUUAUGUUUGUAUGCUGAAGAUCAACCCUUAUUUACAAGAAACCUUGGAAACCUGAUUUCCUUAGGUCUGUGUCCUUGCACAAACCUUGAGAUAUUUUCUAGAAGCAUUUGUGGGUUACAACAUCUAAGAGAGCUUACACUCCAAGGCAGUCUUCCAGAGGUUCCCAAGGAGCUUGACCAGCUAGAAUGUCUAGAAAGGCUACAUCUGUAUGAUACAAAUAUUAAAGAUCUUCCUGAUACCAUUUGUAAGCUGAAACAUCUUGAAUCUCUCAAUCUUGGUUAUUGUCCAUUGCUUGAGAAGUUACCUGAUGAUCUUGGCCGAUUAGAAUGUUUAAAGGAGAUAACUUUGAUAGGUGCAAAGAUUAAAGAUCUUCCUGAUAGCAUUUGCAUGUUGAAAUAUCUCGAAUCUCUCAAACUCCCUGGUUGUUCAUUGCUUGAGAAGUUACCUGCUGAUCUUGGCCAUUUGGAAUGUCUGGAGAAUCUCGAACUCAACCAUUGCAGGUUUUUACCAGAUAUCCCAGACAGCAUCUGUAAGAUGAAGUGUCUAAAAUAUCUCUGUCUGUACUCUUGUAUUCAACUUGAGAAAUUGCCUGAGGAAUUUGAGCGUUUAGAAUGUUUAGAAAAGUUAGAUUUAAGAGGUACGAGCAUAAGAAAUCUUCCGGAGAACAUCUUCUUCUUGAAAGGGCUACGUAUUAUUGGGUCAAGAGGGCUGCUUCAGUCAUCUGGUUUUAGAUCCGAGAUACGAAGCUUAGACUCAGGGAAUUUCAACUAUGUGGAUCUCUACUUUCUUUGUUUUGUAUUGGUUAUCUUACUUUGGGUAGCAUAUAUGUCGUUUCUGUUAAAUUUGGAGCUUAAGUGUACCAUGUCAGAAUUCAAGAAUGAGAUGUUAACCUCCUAA